CGACCGCGAGCGAUUUCGAUAUGGGCGGUGUUGGCGGCAGCAGAAGUAGUGGCGGCGGCUGCAGCAGCAGCAACACCGCCGCCGCUCGCAGACGGUUGUCCGCCUGAGCAGCGUCGCGCCUCGCCUCCCCCUCGGCGGGUGAUGCCGGCAGCGGGAGUUUAAUGAAAAGCCCGGAGUGCGCGGCGGAGCUGGAGCUGGAGACGGAGCCCGGCCACGAACACGGCCUGCGGGAGAUGACGGGCAACCUGCGGCUGAGGGGGCCGAGUCCGCCCUGUCCGUGCCCGGCCCCGGCCCCCUCCGCCUGCAGGCCCAUCCCCCGGCUCAUCGUCACCCAGGACGAGUCGCUGGCCAGGCCCGGAGCGGCGGGGGCCGACGACGAGCAGCCCGACGAGGAGUCACCGUCGUCGGACAGCGGCUGCGGAGGCUCCCCCGCUCCCUCGCUGCUGCUCCGCAAACUGUCCGGGUCGUCGCUCUCCUCCGCCGGGCACUCGUCGUCCUUCGAAGAGUCCGAGGACGACUUCAGCCCCUGCAGCGACGCCGAGAGCCAGCCGCCGCAGUACCUCAGCCUGGAGGACGGCCUGGGGAACAAGUCGUGGAAGAAGCUGAAAACCAUGGUGCACUGGUCCCCGUUCGUUGUCUCCUUCAAGAAGCGCUAUCCGUGGGUGCAGUUGGCGGGACAUGCAGGCAACUUUAAAGCUGGGGAUUAUGGAAAGAUCCUGAAGAAGUAUUGCGAGUGUGAGCAUCAGUGUCUGGAGUCCCUGAUGAAGGACCCUCUGCUGCGUCCUUACGUACCGGGCUAUUACGGUGUGGUGGGCAAGGAUGGAGACAGCUACAACCAGAUGGACGACUUGCUGUCGGAGUUUGACUCCCCCUCCAUCAUGGACUGCAAGAUGGGAGUGAGGACCUACCUAGAGGAGGAGUUAACCAAAGCUCGAGAGAAACCCAAACUGCGUAAAGAUAUGUACGAGAAGAUGAUAGCGGUGGAUCCAAAUGCACCCACCCAAGAGGAACACGAACAAAAGGCCAUUUUGAAGCCACGUUACAUGCAAUGGCGGGAGACGCUUAGCUCGACUGCAACACUAGGAUUCAGGAUAGAAGGCAUCAGGAAGGCCGAUGGGUCCUGCAACACAAACUUUAAGAAAACCAAACUCAAGGAACAUGUUAUGGUGGCACUGGAAGAUUUUGUGGACUGCAAUAAAAACAUCUUGAGAAAGUAUUUGGCACGGUUGAAAGAAUUGGUGAUAGCAUUGGAGGGCUCGGAGUUUUUCAAGACCCAUGAGGUGGUGGGCAGUUCCCUUCUCUUUGUCCACGACGACUCGGAGAUGGCCAAAGUUUGGAUGAUCGACUUUGGAAAGACAGUGAUGUUACCUGCCCCAGAGACACUGAACCACAGGGAGGCCUGGAAGGAGGGCAACCGGGAGGAUGGCUACCUGUGGGGGCUUGAUAAUCUCAUCGGUAUCAUCAGCAAGUUGGUGGAGGAGUGACUCGCUGCAGCAGUCCUCGGCUGUAUCGUUCACAGCUGGCCUUUUCCAUGUCGCACACCCUCCUCACAGGGAAGUGCCUCUUGCCUGGCAUCGUUUCCCCCACCCCCUCUCCCUUUCCUCCUGCAGGAGCGAAGCUUACUGCACCAGAGAACCACCACAGCUGGGAGGCUGGGGGGAGAGGGGGGGGUGGCGUGCGGAGGAAUUGGGGGAAGGUGCGGAUGUGAACCUGGGUGAAGAAAGCAGCAGCCAUCUUGUGAAGUCGUCACUCCUGAGCACUGUGGCCCAGGCUCCUGAGCUCUGCAGUAAAGCCAGAGGAGGGCCUGGGAUUUGAACUCUAAGCUGCAGUGGCGGUGGCAAACGCUGACCGGACACUUUAGGGCUGUCGUCAACUGGCUGAGUCGGUGAACUUUCUUUUGACAAACGAAACACUGGAGGGAGGCAGAGCAAUCUCUGAUUCAUUCCUCGGUUUGUAUCAUAUAUAUAUAUUUUUAUAGCCGCAUAACAGUACUGCAGAACAGUUUACUGAGACCAAUAGCAUUUGUAUGCAUUUGAAACAUUUUCCCGGUCUCCAUUUGCCCUGUCUGCGAUAUGCUCUGACCCGAUAGAAUCUAAUCCCCUCUCGCUUCCACUUUCCCCUUCCCCACCCCGAUGGGGCUGAUCUCACCACUGCAUCGAACACUGACGACAAACUGGCGAGAGAUGCCUGCUGUGGGUGUUGAGACCCAAGGGCAGAGUAGUUGAGGGUCAAACGCACUAGAAGCUACGUGGAAUCUUCCAAGGCUAGUACUCUUGGAUUUCACAGUGUAACAUUUUAUAGUACUGUGUAAUAAAUCUGUAACAACGGGUUUAGCCUCUUCAAAAACAUUUAUUAAACAAAAGCUAAUCUUUAAACCUAA